AAAUGUUGCUUUCUUUUCCUUUAGACCAAAGCCAUCGCUUGAAGCAACGCAGAUCCCGAGCGAAUUACUCCACCUGGCAGCUCCAAGAACUGGAAAAAGUGUUUCAGGCCAAUCAAUACCCUGACAUCUUCAUGAGAGAAGCCUUGGCUCUAAGGCUGGACUUGUUAGAAACUAGAGUGCAGGUUUGGUUUCAAAACCGCAGAGCAAAGAUGAAACGGCAAAUAAAAAUGCAGGAUUACCAGUGCAAAUCCACCAAGAACAGGUCAGACUGUGUGGGCAGUGGAAGAUCAGAGGAUAUUCUACUAGUAGCUUCCCAAAGUAAAGCUGUGGACCUUUCAAACCAGUCAAAAGAACUUUUGAAAACAGAAGAUGUCAGAAAGACUCCAGUUUCAAGCAGCAUUGCCAUUCUUCGGGCAAAGGCUCGAGAGUAUGAAGCUGGAGUAUGUGGAUCGGGGGCUCAACAUGAAAAUGACCUUAAUGUGUACCCAUCAUAGGUAUAAACAAGAGCUCAAAGACUGAAAGCAUGCAACACCAGGUGCCUGCAUGUACCUCCAUCAUCUUGAAAUACUGCUGAAAUAUGUCUCGGUCCUCCAUUAGGACAUAUGGCCACCCCCUUUUACUCACUGAACUCCAAUGGCCCCCCUCUCCCUCUACUAAACACCAAGCCCCUCCACCCCCCCCCCCCUCAAUUUGUCAUCCUGCUGACCACUAAUGCCGGGCAAUUGUUCCUUCUGCUCGAGGGAUCUUCCAUUAAAAAGGGCUUGGAAUAUUUGGUCUGUAGAGCAUACAGAACCAACUAGCUCUUUUACGUAGACUAAAGAAUGUGUUCCAUGGCAUCUCAUUGAUAGCCAGACAUGGUUGAAUGGUUGGUCUUCCAGCAUCAGCUUUCAUUGCAGAUCUUUGCUUUGCAUUACAUGACAUCUCAGAACUGCAAAGGAGGUUGGUCCUGUAAAACUUCCCUCUGUCAGAUGCUGUUAUUGCUGCUCUGAAUGUGGAGGAGGUACGGUAGGUACUAUUAGUGUUCUAUGCUUCACUUACUGCAUGUACUGCUCUGACAUCUGAAUGGUUAAAUAUGUCCACUCAGAGCCACCAUCCCAACAUAUCUUAUUAGUGCUGUCCAGAAAGCAAAUGCCCUUUCUAUCCCCCUGCUCGGUUCCCUCUAUGGCUGCAUGUCACCUCAGGACAGGCCCGUUG